UUGUGCAGCUUGUGUGUGCCUUGGUGUAUAAAUGACCUUCAAACACACCUGUUGCUGCUUGCUAAUCAGUAGCUGGGCCGCUAUUUGGAGCUCUCAAGCACAUCACACCUGCAGGGGGUCUAUCACACAGAAAUGGGAGCACCAAGAAACCCAAGCCUGACCUCCGUCCUGCUGACCGCAGCGCUGCUCCUCCCAGUGCUGAGCCUGGACCCCCUGCUGUGUUACUUCUGCCCCCUGCAGCCCAAAGAGGGCUCAUGUCCCAACAUCACCACCCAAUGUGUGCCCGGCCAGCGCUGCGCCGCCUCCAGGGGUCACUACGGCGCCUUCCACGCACUGUCCUCACAGGGCUGCGUGGACGCCGAGCUGUGCGGCGCCCGUCAGGCGGUCUCCUACAGGGGGGUGGAGUUCCGAGUGACGCACCGCUGCUGCUGCAGGGACAAGUGCAACAUGGCGCCGGAGUCUGAGGCCAUCCUGAAGAUGCUGCUGGGGAUGAUGACAAAACGGGCGGAGUACUCCAACAUCACCCGUGCUCUCAGGGAGCAAAUUUGGGGCCCGUGCGCCAACACGAGCGCCUCGGCUUUGUAGGCGUUUGCAGGACUUUAAGGGGAGGCCCUUUUAGCCACAGUCCCUCACCUUUGUCUCCUCACAUUGUUUGUUUUAGCGAGGAUCACAACCACCGUGUGGGUUUUAUUCCUCCAGAGAGUUUUGUCAGACCUCCUGGGGGAUAAACGCAAAUAAAUGCAACAUGUUGAAUCCCCCCCUUUUGCUGUGUGUGGAGAUUUCAAGCAGGUGUGUGAAGGCGUGGCCUCCAACAUAAGACUUGCAGUCAGCGGCGCGGUCAGACUUGAUCAAGACAAGCUCUGUAAAGCUUUGCUUUCUCAACUCAAAGUCCAAACCUCCGACGAGGACAUGCUGACCUGGUCGCAGCUCCUGCACGCCGCCGUCUUCUUCUACCUGGUGCCCUGUCUGCUCUGCGGCAACCUGCGCUGCCUUUACAGGCCCGUCCUGGAAAAGGAGGUGAAAUACGGGCAUGUUGUGACAGAAUGUCGGCCCGAUGAAGUGUGCUUCAAAGCGGAGGGUCGCUUCGGCAACUACAGCGCCUUGUCGGCCAGCGGUUGCAUGCCAAGGAAGAACUGCAGAUGGACUCAUGAGCUCCCCUACAAAGGAGUCGUCUUCACGAUGAGCUACAAGUGCUGCACCCGGCCGUAUUGCAACUCCUGUUUGGGCCUCACAGCCAACACUUUGUCCAUCGCUCUUACACUUGUGACUAUUGUUGUGGUCGCCAGCUAACACCGAAACUGGACAUCAGCAUCAUGUCAUCUUUGUGUCUGGUGGAAAAAUAAUAGUCUGGAGACACUGAGCUGCUAAUGUGGAUAUUUUAACUGUUUUAACAAAACCUGUUUUAGAUUGUGCCUUUUUCUGAAAUUAAAGCUUUUAAUACAA